CCUUACUCAGUCGCUCGAAGUACCUAUUAAUAUUAAUACUUUCUCUUUCGUUCUUAGUGUUAUAAGUUAGGGUUGUAUUUGACAAGGUUCCUCAGUAGCAGUUUUUGUUCAGUGCGCAUUCUGUCCAGGUUUGGGAUUAUUUAUGUUUGACUGUAUAGUGCCAUAAAUUUAUUAUUGGAUUAAGAAGGAAGAAGUUAAUCUACUAUGAAUAAAUUAGUAUGCUCUUCGGGUAUAUUUCUUCUUCAGAUAAUCUUAUCGACAGUUGACAGCACCAAUUCUGGGUACAAUAUAUUUUUACAACCACAAGUUGAUGGAAGCGCCUAUUUCCCUAGUCGCCCAUAUUCCAGUGAAGUUAUCAAACCCUCGAACCUUGACAUUUUUGGAGGCAAUAACAUAUUCGGCGUUGGAAAUGGAUUUGGACAAUCCCAGUUACCCCAACCAACGCCUACGCAAGAUCCCGCAACACUAGGAUGUGGUACACCUCCAGCAGCUUGUCCCCAAGCGAGGUACAGGUCUUAUGAUGGUUCCUGUAAUAAUCUCAGGAAUCCAGUACUUGGAACUCCAAAUACUCCAUACACCAGGUUAUUACCUCCUAAUUACGCUGAUGGUAUAAGCAACCCAACCGCUGCUAGAAGUGGUAAUCAACUGCCAGGAGCGCGUACUGUUAGCUUAGUUAUUUAUCCUGAUGUUCAAGUAGAAGAUCCUAUAUGGACUUUGAAUGCUAUGCAAUAUGGACAAAUUAUCACUCACGACAUGAGUAUGAUUGCAGGAAGUACUCAAGCACAGCCGCAUCAAACGAAAUGUUGUACGCCGGAUGGUCAGCUGUUAGAGUUCAGCAACAUACCAGAGCAUUGCUUUCCAAUUUUACUACCCGCUGACGAUCCAGCUCAUUCCCAAUUUAAUGCCAAAUGCAUGAGUUUUGUCAGAACGAUUACAGAUCGUGAUCGUAAUUGUGUAGGGGGAUCACAACCUGCUGAACAGUUAACAGCUGUAAACCACUAUUUGGAUCUAUCAAUUGUUUAUGGAAAUACCGACCAAGUGAACCAACAAGUAAGACAGUUCCAAGGUGGUCGCCUUCGUGUGGAUACAAGACGCGGGCAGCAGUGGCCACCACGUUCUUUAAAUGCAUCAGGAGUGUGUACAAUACAAAAUCCAGUAGAAGCCUGUUAUCUUGGAGGUGACGCUAGGAUUAAUCAAAAUCCUCAACUCACACUGUUACAAAUUGUCCUUCUAAGGGAGCACAACAGAAUCGCAGACGUACUCCAAAAGUUGAACCCGCAUUGGGAUGAUGAAACCAUUUUCCAGGAAGCAAGAAAAAUAAAUAUAGGUCAACAUCAGCAAAUUUCUUAUUACGAAUGGCUUCCGAUAUUUAUUGGAUUGGAAAAUUCUUUAAAAAAUAAGAUACUGUAUCAGACCAGAAAUUUUGUAAACGAUUACGAUGAAACUGUGAAUCCAACGGUUCUAAAUGAACAUGCCACCGCUGCGUUUAGAUAUUUCCAUUCUUUGAUAGCAGGGAAUUUAGACUUAGUUACUGAGCCGAGGGACAAUUUUGGAAGUUUACGACUUAGCGACUGGUUCAAUCGCCCCCAAAUUUUGGAGGAAGGAGAUAACUUUGAUGAAUUAGCAAGGGGUCUCAAUACUCAACCUCAACUGGCAUCUGAUCCAUUUCAUGACAGUGAGAUUACUCAGUUUCUGUUUAGAGCUGGUCAACCAUUUGGUACAGACCUUAAAGCCUUCGAUAUUCAGAGAAAUAGAGAUCAUGGUUUGGCUUCUUAUAAUGAUUAUAGAGCUUUCUGUGGAUUGCCGAGAGCCAGAAGGUUUCAAGACCUUUUAGAUGUCAUGACGAAAGAAAACAUUGAUAAGCUUGCCAAUCUCUAUGAAAUCGUCGAUGAUGUAGACUUGACGGUUGGGGGUUCGCUGGAAGCCCAUGUCCCAGGAACACUAUCCGGACCAACUUUCCUCUGUAUUCUCACAGAACAAUUUUAUAGAACCAGAGUUGGGGACAGAUUUUGGUUUGAAAACGGUGCAGUUACUGGUUUUCCCUUAGAGCAGUUAAAUGAAAUACGGAAAGCUAGUAUUUCCCGACUCUUAUGUGACAAUGGAAAAAAUAUUAAAGCUAUGCAGCCUAGGGGUUUUGAGAGAAUAUCAGCCAGAAAUUCAAUUAUUCCCUGUGAAAAUCUGCCAGUAGUGGAUUUGUCGUUAUGGAAAGACAUCCAAGGAAGAGAAAUUAUUCAGGAUCAGCUAAAUUUGCCGCAUCAGCUAUUUUAUAAGAAAUAGACGCUGAAAAAUGUAAAAUAACAAGCAGAGGUAUAACUGAUAUUCGGACAUGGUGUUUCAGCUGUAAAUGUGCUAUAUUAUUACGUUGGUUCCUUUUAAAGGUAUUAUCACUUCAAGUUAAUUAUAAAAAUUCCCAUAAAUUUUCAUCAAAUAAAUUAACUUUAAUUAGUUUAAUACCUUAGAAAGGAAUAAGAGAAAAUAAUGACGUAAUAAUAAGUUUAUCUUAUACAAUAAAUGUGCUAUAAUGAUAAGGUUAAUUGUAAUUCUGUAUGCACAGCGUUAAUACCUAUAAAUACCAUAUUCUUUUAAUUUUGUUAUAGCUAUACAGUGUGACAGAAUAAAUUAAUAACAAUAAUAAACGAUACUGAAAUUUGAUGGAAACUGAUAUGAUAUAUGGCAUUAGAAUUUAUUCCUCAAGUUAAUAGUGGGAUUUUAUUUGAUCAUAAAUAAUAAAUAGAAAAAGAAAUAGAAAAAAAAUGAAAUAGAAUUAAAAAAUGAAUAAUAAAAUACACAGAAAACAUCGCUAGAAAAAUUCCCAUAAUUGUUCUUAAAAUCCUCACAAGAAUAAAUUGCACCAAACUUUCAUAUAACAUUGUUUGAAGAUUUGAGAAAAUCUACUUAUUGUUAAUAAUUUAAAUGUCGAAUUUUCACACAAUUUGUUCUGUUACGAUUUUAAAGUAAAUUUUCCUGAUCAUAUUGUCGUGAGGCUGCCUUAAGAAGCUGCAUACCAUUGUUUCACUUUUGUAUUUAUCUUGUUAUUUUUUUAAAUAAUAAUAAUAAGUAAAUAACAAGUCAAUCAGGAAUAUCAUUUAACUAAUUACCCUGUACAGUGUAAGCGAUAAGGUGUAAGAUAUGAGCGCAGUAUUUUUUAUUUUUUAAGAUAUUUUAGAAGUUUUACCCCAAAAUUUGAGAAGCUGCAUUAACAAUUUUUUAUAUUUCUUAGAAAAAUAUUAAACGUAUUCACUUUAUUAAAGUUAAAACUGUUAUUAGAUAAAUAUGGGCCGGUAUUAGGUAUAAGAACCUGUUCUUGACAAGGAACAGUUGACAAUCAUCUAAAAAUAUAAAUGAUAGACAAGUAAAUAAAAGCAACUGUAUUUUAAUUAAUUUUAUUCUGUUGGCGACUUUAACAAUUUUUUCAAUUUUUUGUUAUUUUACUGGAUUAAGAUGAUAUAUACUUGAAUAGCAGACAGUCGUGAAAGACUGACAUCGCAAUUAUCUAAGAUCGAAAUCGAAAUAAAUCGAAAAAUUAAAAUCGAACAGCGCUGACAAUAAUUACAUAAAUGGCUUUGCUGCGCUUUAAUUGAUCUCUUUAAAUAUUUUGAACGAAUCAUGGUUUCCUAAAUUUUAAGGGUGUGGAAAUAAAAAGGUUUCGUAUUCACACUUGAACGGUGCCUACACGUACAAAAGUCUUCUAAAUUAAACAAUUUUUAAAAUAUCUCGAAAAAUAAAGAAUAAUGUGCCACUCUAAUGUAUAUACAGGGUGAUU